GCUUUACUCCAUGUAGACCUAGACCUUCCCAAAUAUAUUGGAAUGUGUUUAUUUUUUAAGUAUCUGUUGUUCAGUAGAUUGAACUCAGAGGGACGCUGUUGGUCAGUGUGUUGUAGUUUUAGAGCGGAUUUGCAGCAGUACCUCCCCCAUCAUCCAGCUAUAUUAGAGAGAGAAAGAGCCGCAUGCAGAGCGCACAGUCCGGGUUACAGAGAACACUAAGCACCGAGACACAGAGCUGAGACUCUUUUGUUCCCAAAAUAAGGAUUAUUGGUAUUUUUUGUAUUAUUUGUUGGACAUACAUUUUAAGGAAUUAUACUGUUCUCUUAUCGGAUUAUAAGGCGCUUGGUGUUUCAUGUUGAAGGGAAAAUGUCGGACAGAACAAUGACACGGCAAGUACUGUUGUUUAUCUCGGUCCUCUCUCUCAGUUCAGUACACGGGCAGGUCAGUUACUCCAUUCCUGAGGAAAUGGCGAAAGGCUCUUUAGUUGGUAACAUAGCGCAGGAUUUGGGUUUAGAUGUCAAUAGACUGAAAUCAGGUAAAGCUCGUAUUUAUACCGGAGACAGCGCAGAGUAUAUCGAGCUUAACAAAGAACGGGGAGUUCUCCUCAUCAAAGACAGAAUAGACCGUGAAGCACUCUGCGGACAGACGACGCCUUGCGCGCUACAUUUUCAGAUUAUUCUAGAGAACCCGAUGGAAUUUUAUUCCAUUACUGUUGAGGUAACUGAUGUCAAUGACAACCCACCGGUUUUCAAGAAAAGUGAUAUCAGGUUUAGAAUUAGCGAGUCAGCUCUGACGGGAGCUAAAUUCAUUUUAGAGAGAGCUAUAGAUCCAGACGUUGGCAUUAAUGGCCUCCAAAGCUAUUCUCUCAGUUCAAAUGGUAAUUUUGCACUAAAACUGCAAAAUCAGGCAGGUGGUGGUAAAAAUGUCGAAAUGAUUUUACAGAAGUCUCUAGACCGAGAAAAACAAGAGCAAAUAUCAAUAGUGUUGACAGCAAUGGAUGGAGGAGAGCCUCAGAUAUCUGGUACUGCACAGAUACACGUCACCGUGUUAGACGCCAAUGACAAUGCCCCAGUUUUUACGCAGCCGAUUUACAGAGCUACAAUUACUGAGAAUGCACAGAAAGGUACAGUUGUUACUAAGGUCAGUGCACACGAUGCUGAUCAGGGCACUAAUGGCAAAAUAACAUACUCAGUAACAAAUACACAGGACGAUUUUCCUGAAAUGUUUGAAAUUAAUUACGUUGAUGGUGAAGUUAUAUUAACUGGGGAAAUAGACUAUGAAAAAUCUCACCAUUAUCAGAUACAUAUACAAGCCAGUGAUGACGGGGGACUGACUGAUUCGUGUAAAAUCAUUCUUGACGUCAUUGAUAUAAAUGACAACAAACCAGCUAUUAAUAUUAUGUCCAAGACUAACGUCAUAACAGAAGAUUCUAUACCGGGUACUGUAGUAACUAUGAUUAAUGUACAAGACCCAGACUCAGGUGAAAAUGGUCAAGUCCAGUGUUCGAUAAACGACAAUAUUCCAUUUACAAUUAAAUCAACGACGAAUAAUUUCUUUACUUUAGUAACAGACAGUGACUUGGACCGAGAGAGAGCGUCUGAGUAUAACAUCAGUGUGACGUGCUCUGAUGAGGGAGUGCCCUCGCUCUCCAGCAGCGUCACUCUCACCUUACAGAUAUCAGAUGUGAAUGACAACGCGCCUGUCUUUGAGAGGAGCUCAUAUGAGGCCUACAUUAUAGAAAACAACACACCGGGGCUCUCUAUAUUCACAGUGAAAGCCAGAGACGCUGACUGGAACCAGAAUGCCCGUGUUUCUUACAUACUAGAGGACUCCUCGGUUAACGGAGUUCCCGUCUCCUCAUAUGUGUCCGUUAGUGCUGAUAGUGGAGUCAUCCAUGCAGUGCGCUCUUUUGACUACGAGCAGAUCAAGGAUUUCCAGUUCCGUGUAAAAGCGCAAGAUGGAGGCUCUCCUCCACUCAGUAGCAAUGUGACUGUGAAAAUAAUGAUCCAGGACCAGAAUGACAACACGCCUCAGGUUCUGUAUCCAGUCCAGACUAGCAGCUCUCUGGUGGCUGAAAUGGUGCCUCGUUCAGCAGAUGUGGGCUAUCUUGUCACUAAAGUGGUGGCUGUUGAUGUGGACUCUGGACAGAAUGCCUGGCUCUCGUAUAAACUGCAGAAAGCGACAGACAGGGCGCUGUUUGAAGUGGGUUUACAGAAUGGAGAAAUAAGAACUAUUCGCCAAGUCACUGAUAAAGAUGCUGUAAAACAAAGGAUCACUGUUGUAGUGGAGGACAACGGGCAGCCCUCUCGUUCAGCUACAGUCAAUGUUAACGUAUCGGUGGCGGACAGCUUCCCUGAAGUGCUCUCGGAGUUCAUUGACUUUACGCACGACAAGGAGUACAAUGACAACCUGACUUUUUACUUAGUCUUGGCUUUGGCUGUAGUCUCAUUUCUGUUCAUCACAUGUUUAGUGGUUAUUAUAUCAGUGAAAAUAUACAGAUGGAGACAGUCUCGCGUCCUCUAUCAUUCCAAUCUCCCGGUUAUUCCGUAUUAUCCACCGCGUUACGCAGAUACUUUGGGGACAGGAACUCUACAGCACGUGUACAAUUACGAGGUGUGCAGGACGACUGACUCCAGAAAGAGUGACUGUAAGUUCGUCAGACCCUGUAGUCAGAACGUACUGAUAAUGGACCCCAGUUCUACAGGGACGAUGCAGCGGAUGCAGACUGAAAAUAACAUCCUGGAUGAACCAGACUCCCCAGCAGAGGUCUGUUAUAUUUAAAUCCUUAUCUUUUCCCGAAAAAUAUUCUAAUUGUUUUAAAUCGAGUUUGUAUUCCGGGGAACAUUCCAUCAUGAGAAAUUAUCCUCAUUCCACUAAUGUGCCAUUUCAGCACCAUGGUCAUGGAAAGCGGCUGUAUUUCAGUGGACCCUAUUUAAUAGUAGAGUAAAUCGUACUGGAUAUUGCCUAACGCUUGUAAAGGUGAGGCUAACGGUUCAUGCAACAUUAAUUUGAUUGAUACGUUUAUUUUACUUGCCCUACACAAUGCACAUUAUAUCAUACUGCUUGUUUUAGACUACUGAAACUUGCUUUCUGUCAAGAUGUAGCCUACAGCUUCAUGCAAGGUGUGUUUUGUAUGACAUUUGUUGUCCACAUAUUUCUGGCACCUUGAUUUACAAUUCUCCUCAAUACAUUGCCGUGUUGUUACAUGAGAUGGCCAAAGCGUUAUAGCACUGUGAUUUAUUCCAUGAAGAUUCACACCUUCCAAUAUAUUGUUUAUUGGACAUUGUUUCCUUUUUUAACAGUAUAUCUGUUGUUCAGUAGAUUGAACUCUGAGGGACGCUGUUGGUCAGUGUGUUGCGGUUUUAGAGCGCAUUUGCAGCAGUACCUCCCCCAUCAUCUCGAUAUAUUGGAGAGAGAGAAAGAGCCGCAUGCAGAGCGCAUUGUCUGGGUUACAGAGAACACUAAGCACGGAGACACGGAGCUGAUGUUAUUUUGUACCAGAGACAGAGCUACGGAUUGUUGAGUAAUUUUACUUGGAUUUUUUUUAACUUCAAAGGAAUAUAAUAUCACAGACUUCUUUACGGAUUAUAAUGUCCUUGUUUCAUGUUGAAGGGAAAAUGUCGGACAGAACAAUGACACGGCAAGUACUGUUGUUUAUCUCGGUCCUCUCUCUCAGUUCAGUACACGGGCAGGUCAGUUACUCCAUUCCCGAGGAAAUGGCGAAAGGCUCUUUAGUCGGUAACAUAGCGCAGGACCUGGGUUUAGAUAUAAAAAGACUGAUAUCAGGUAAAGCUCGUGUUUAUACAGGAGACAGCGCAGAGUACAUCGAGCUGAAUAAAGAAAGGGGAGU